CAGACUGUAUGUCUGCGGAUUUAGAUAUAUCAGUCUAACACACAAGGUAGACAAAGAGGCGUUAUGUCUACUCGCCGCUUGUUGCACUCUGAUAUAUGCCCUUCUACAACCUAUUGGGAUACAGGAAAAUCAACAUGCGUGUCGUGUCCUAUAAAACCAGGAUACCAAGUCACACCUAACUGUGGACAUGAUGACGACGGAGGACUACACGAAGUCGGCAACAAGCUGUGCAAAGAAAACACUUUUAAUGAUGGAAGCAGCGCAUUUUGUCGACCCUGUGCUUCAUGUCGAUCCGAGUUUAAAUCGAGUCGGUGUACGACAACUACUGACACCCAGUGCGAAGAUCCAGGAAGCGGAACGACCGGAGUUCCUGGCACAACUCAGAAAAACGAAGGAGGUACUUUCCCACCCAGUCCCGGCGCACCGAUGUGGGCCGUACCGUUAGUCAUCCUAAUUUCCAUCACACUUGUUGUGAUCUGCGCUUGUCUUAUCUUCAGGAAGCGGAAAAGAGGACAGCAGACAGUGUUGAGUUACAGCAGAAGAUCUUCCUUCGUCAAUGCAGGGUUCGCGCCCCUGUCUGCUCCAACUGGUAACAAUGAUCAGGAGGGCCUCCUCAGUCCCAACGUCCUGUCAGCACCUUUACAAACCGUGCUGGACAACCUGGAUGUUUUGGAAGAGCUGGUGAUAUUGCUGGAUCCAGAGAGCCAUGGAGUUAAAACCACCAAACAUCUGGCGUCUCACUGCUCCUUCCCCGCCACCUGGAUCACUUACACCUACUCCAUGAAGGAGAGCAAGAGCCCGCUGAAAGCCGUGGUGGAGGGGGUCACCUGCAGGCAUCCCGACUGGACAGUGGGGCACCUGGCUAAGCUGCUCGGACAUAUGAAGCGCUACGAUGCCAUCGCUGUUCUCGCCAAACUUGAACUGAACGUGAUAGAGAUGUAACAUUCCUUCCACCAUAGUACUAGGAGCAGUGGGUAGCUGUUGUAAUUGUAUUGAGCAAUUAGGAGUGUCCGGUGCUUUGCUCAAGGGCACCACGGCAGGGCCCAGGAGGUGAACUGGGACCUCUCCAAGUACCAGUCUACACUCCAUAUUUUAAGUCUUUACGGGACUUGAACCAGCGACCCUAUGGCUCAGUCUAAGCCGGACAGUUAUGACUCCAGAGUUUGGGCUUUCUGCGAUCAUUACUGACACAACUCCAACAUGUAAUCCAAUCUGAGGUUGGUCUGAGUAAGCAUACUCAGACCAACCUAUCCUGUUAUGUCUUUCAAUAUUUUUUUUCGGGUAAAAAAUAUGAAUUUAUUUUCAAAAUACCAACAUUUCUUCUUGUAAAAGACUUAAUUCAC